CUGGGUCCCAGCCUGGCUCUUCCUGGCUCUGCUGCAAGGGAACGCGAAAUCCCGUUCUUAGCUGACGUUACCCCUUGUUUUCAAGUAGGCCUUCCAAGUAGAUAUUUCGGGGGGCGUCAUCAGCUUUGGUGUCUGUGUUGGCCAGUUCUGAAAUCUCCUUGAAGGAGCCCUACAUUGAGGAAGAUCAAAGCAGUCUUUGCCAACUGGGGAAUGGACCGUUUGAGUUCCUUUAGCAAUGAUCCCUCUGAUAAGCCACCUUGCCGAGGCUGCUCCUCCUACCUCAUGGAGCCUUAUAUCAAGUGUGCUGAAUGUGGGCCGCCUCCUUUUUUCCUGUGCUUGCAGUGUUUCACUCGAGGAUUUGAGUACAAGAAACAUCAAAGUGAUCAUACUUACGAAAUAAUGACCUCAGAUUUUCCUGUUCUUGACCCCAGCUGGACUGCUCAAGAAGAAAUGGCCCUUUUAGAAGCUGUGAUGGACUGUGGCUUUGGAAAUUGGCAGGAUGUAGCCAAUCAAAUGUGCACCAAGACCAAGGAGGAGUGUGAGAAGCACUACAUGAAGCAUUUCAUCAAUAACCCUCUAUUUGCAUCUACCCUGCUGAACCUGAAGCAAGCAGAGGAGGCAAAAACUGCUGACACAGCCAUUCCAUUUCACUCUACAGAUGACCCUCCCCGACCUACCUUUGACUCCUUGCUUUCUCGGGACAUGGCGGGAUACAUGCCAGCUCGAGCAGAUUUCAUUGAGGAGUUUGACAAUUAUGCAGAGUGGGACUUGAGAGACAUUGAUUUUGUUGAAGAUGACUCGGACAUUUUACACGCUCUGAAGAUGGCUGUAGUAGAUAUCUAUCAUUCCAGGUUAAAGGAGAGACAAAGGCGAAAAAAAAUUAUAAGAGACCAUGGAUUAAUCAACCUUAGAAAGUUUCAGUUAAUGGAACGGCGGUAUCCCAAGGAAGUCCAAGACCUUUAUGAAACAAUGAGGCGAUUUGCAAGGAUAGUGGGGCCGGUGGAACAUGACAAGUUCAUUGAAAGCCAUGCAUUGGAAUUCGAACUCCGAAGGGAAAUCAAGAGGCUCCAGGAAUACAGGACAGCAGGCAUUACCAAUUUUUGUAGUGCCAGAACCUAUGAUCACCUCAAGAAGACUCGAGAAGAGGAACGCCUCAAACGCACUAUGCUCUCGGAGGUUCUCCAGUACAUCCAGGACAGUAGCGCCUGCCAGCAGUGGCUCCGCCGGCAGGCUGACAUUGAUUCUGGCCUGAGUCCUUCCGUACCAAUGGCUUCGAAUUCAGGUAGACGAAGUGCACCGCCCUUGAACCUCACUGGCCUCCCUGGCACAGAGAAGUUGAACGAAAAAGAAAAGGAGCUCUGUCAGAUGGUGAGAUUGGUCCCAGGAGCCUAUUUAGAAUACAAAUCUGCUCUAUUGAACGAAUGUAACAAGCAAGGAGGCUUGCGACUGGCACAGGCAAGAGCACUCAUCAAGAUAGACGUGAACAAAACCCGGAAAAUCUAUGAUUUCCUCAUCCGAGAAGGGUACAUCACUAAAGCCUGAGGCUCUCCGGGCCUGGUGGGCCAAAGGACAGUACGGGCAUUGUGGAGUUUUGUUUUUGAGCUGAAUUCUCCUUGUAAAAAGAGGGGAAGAACAAAGGAAACCUUAAGUUGUAUUAAUGUCUACUUUCUUCUCCACCCGGCUUUAAAAUACUCCUGUUGUUGGUAUUGUGCUGCAGAGUUAUGUGCUAGAUAAGCUAUUAUUAAUUGUGUGUGGGCAUUCAUUCCUAACACCUCUUGUAACUAAAACAAGAACCAUAGUACCUCACAUCACAGUGUUGGUAGAAAUAGAACUAAACCAGUCUUUAGUCCCAGGAGUCCAGCUCAGAUCCUUGUACUUGCUUGGGAGGUUGGUUUUCUGAUUAUCUGUUUUGCCUUCAAACAUUACAGACAGAUUUAAAAUAAAGAGGUUAUAGAGAGAGAAAGCUUUCUCUUUCUGUCUGAGGAUUCUUUUAAGCUGACAACUUAUGUUUAUGAGCAAAGAGAAGGAAAAUCUCCCCAUGAUGGUCUUGUCCCAAACUGCAUCUUCAACGUUAAUGUCUGGCUUUGUAAGUUGAAGUCUGGCUGUCUAAUCUGCAGUAGACUUUUGAGGAGGUGGCACUGGGUAUAAAAUGUCUCUUAUUUUUAGAAUUAAUGGAUUAAAAAUGUUUUGCUACUUA